UUUAUAUGGCAAUGCUAGGAAGGCGUUAGCAUAGUGUGGUUGAGUUGGAUUUGGAAGAGUAAACUUAAUUUGGAAAUAAAUUAUUUUGUGGAGAAAUAAUAAAAAGUACCUUUUUCAAUAAAAUCAAGUGAUUUUGAUAAAGAUAUAUUAACCAAAAUGGGAUUGAACGGAUGUUGUACUUGUGUAAAAUACCUUAUGGUAGUUUUAAAUUUUCUAUUUUGGAUAAUUGGAUUAUCUUUUAUAGUUUGCUCAGUAUGGAUGUUAACUGAUCCAACAUUUUUGCUAUCGAUGACACAGCCAACUAAUGAUUAUUAUAUUGCGCUUUAUAUAUUUUUAGCGGUGGGAUGUUUCAUUCUUAUUGGAGCUUUUCUGGGUUGCUGCGGUGCUUUCAAAGAAUCACAAUGUCUAUUAGUUUCGUUUUUCUGUGUAUUACUUGUUGUUUUAGUAGCACAGCUAGCGGCUGGAGCUUGGGCUUUUCACAAUAAAGAAAAACUUGAAGAAACGGUUCGGAACUCUGUAAAAUAUUCGGUCCAAGAAGAAUACGGGAUUAUACACACUCGUACUGUGACUUUUGACAGUUUUCAAAGAAAUUUACAAUGCUGUGGAGCUAACGGUCCCAAUGAUUGGGCUGCAAGUAAAUAUAAUAAUGUUGAUCGAAGCAGUAUUUUGAAUAUUGCUUUGUCAAAUGCGAACCCGUUCUUCAGUAUUCCCGAAUCUUGUUGUAAUGAAAAAUUUACUCAAAAUGAAUGUGAUUUAGCAAGAUCAGUUAAAGCAGGGAAUCUCAUAAAUCCCACAAUUUAUCAAACGGGAUGCAUUGAUAAAGUUGUUGAAUUAUUAGAAAUUCAUUGGACAAUUAUACUAUCGGUUACAAUAUUCAUUGUAUUUUUGGAAAUCUUAGCGCUGGUCUUAUCGCUUUCAUUAUGUUGCGCAAUAAAAAACGAUCAUUAUAAAGGUUAAAAAACAAGGUAUAUGGUUAGUGAAAAGAAAUUUGAAAGUAACACAAAUAUAACAAAUAUUUAAAAAACAAGUUUAAAAGCAUAAAAAUUCUAUAUUAUAUAAUAUUUAUUUAUACAUACGAAUCAAACUUAAGAUAUUAAAAAGUAUCAAUGUGUUAAAAUUUUUGCAAAGAAUGCACAGUGUAACCUUUUUUCUUAUAGAAUAUUAUCAUAUUAUUUUAAUACUAGCUACCAGUUCAAAUAUAAAUGAAUCAAAGCAAAUUUAAUCACAGAAGUAUUUUUUAAUAUUUUUAAUGUUUUGAUUUACACUAGAAAAUUAACAUAUAAAAAAAGUUGAAAAAUCAAGUUCGCAUUUUUUAAUUUUGCAGGAAAUAAUGAAAUACAUUUUACGUAUCCAAAUUCCAAAAUACAAAAUAGCUAAAUAUAAUAGAUACGAAUAUAUUACAUACACAUUUAGAAAGAAUUGUUUUAAAAAAAAUUCAGAAAAAUAAUCAUGCAAAUUUAGAAAAAUAGGUAUAACUAUUGAAAAAUAAAAUUAUGUAGGGAUUUUUUUUAAUUCUAUGUGAUUUUUAGAUAUUAAUUGAUUUACUACAGAUAAUUUAAGAAUUGACAAUUUUCUUGGAAAAAUAUAAUUCCGUCAAUAAAAUAUUGUCAAUGUUGAAAUAAAAUGAUAAAUUUUGCUCGAAUAUUUAUAAAAAAAAUUUACAAAUAAAAUAUAUUUAAGAUUUUUGAAUACUCAAAUUUAAUUAUAAGUACGAAAAUACAAGAAAAGAAAAAGAAAAUUACUAAAAAUUUAAUGUCCAAUUGGCAGCAUUUUCUAAAAAACCAAAACAACCUUUUUUUAAUAUUUUUGAAUGUGAAAAUAGUAAAAUUAAGCAGCAAUAUUUUUUUGUACUCACAAAACCUUCAAAAACAGCACAAAAAGUAUAAUGAAAAACUAAAAAACGGCGCUAAUUGGACUAUUUUGAAUCAUAUUUAAAAUUUUUAAAAAUCUCCCAAUUGAUCAUUUCGUCUUUUUUGAAAUUAGACAAGCGUUUGUGCCAAAGUUUGGAAAAUAUAAAAGAAAACUGCCAAAAAAGAAAUUCAUAUCGACUGAAAAUCGAAAUUGGAAACAACAUGAAUUUUUUAGUUGAUUAAAGUUUAUUACGAUUUAAAUUAAUGUGCUUAUUUAAAAAUUAAGAUAUUAAAAAAUAAAAACAUAAAUAUGUACAUAUGUAUGCACAUACAUACAUAUUUACAUAUAUGAUUUGAAUUUUUGAAGACGAAAUAAUAUGGUAAUAUAUGUAUAUAAUAUAUGUAUAUAAUAAUACAUAUACAUAUAAUAUGUAUAAAUUACGAAUUAUUAAUAAUAAAUAUUAUUAAUAAUAUACAUAUAUAUAUAUAUAUUUAUUUAUAUGUACGUAUAUAUAUAUAUAAUAUAUAAAGAUUCACCAAAAAUAAGAUAAAACACAAAUUUAUAUAUUAUACUAAUCACUUGAUUUUAAAAUUUAUAUUUAAUAAUUAAAGAAAAAUAUUUAAAUGGAAAAUGUUUAUAUAUUUAUGCGUCUUUGCAAAUAUUUUAAAAAUCAAAAUAUAGUAGAAAGAGUAUAUAAUUAAGAAAAAUCUCAUUUUCUUUAACUAGUUAUUGUGCUAUAGGGAAAUAAAGUUGUUAUAAGUUUCAAUUUAAAAAAAAGUGUAGAUGUUUAUUGAUAUAAAAAUUUAUGAAAAAAAAAAUAAAAUGUAUAGUAUACAUAUAUAAAUAUAUAUAAUUAUGCAGAAGAACAUUAAAUUUAAUGAAGAGCAAAAUUAUAUGUACUAACUAGUAGAAAAUUCAAGUUCUACAACCUCCAAAAAACACUUAUAUUAUUAAAAAAUAAUUUAGUAACUGAAUUUAAACAGUUUCUGAUUUAUGUUUAUGUAUGUACUUACAUAUAUUGUAUAAAAUUAUACACAUGCAUAUAUAUAUGCAUGUGUAUAAUAUAUAUAUAUGGAUAUAUAUAUAUAUAUAUAUAUAUAUAUAUAAAUUCAAUUUAGUGCUAAGCUUCCUGAAAAAACUUUUUCAAUGUCCAGAAUUUAAAUUGAAAACUAAAAAUAAAAAAAAAAUGAAAUUAAACUACAUUAAUACCUAAAAAAAAGAAAGCAUACAAAGCUGUACCAAAAAUUUUAGUACUUAAAUUUUGGACAAAAUUGCCAUUUUUAUUAUAAAUUUUGUUUGUUGUGUUCUUGUUAUAUAUAUAUUUUUUUUAAUAAUUUAAAUAACAAAUCUAAUAUGUAUUAACAUGUAUUUAUUUUUUCAAAUUGCACAAAUUUAUUUUAAAAUGUUUAAACAUUUUUAUAUAUUUGAAAGCAACAGUGUAUAUUUUUUUAAAUAGUUCUUUUCUUACUUUUUUUAGGUUUAAAUAGUCAUGUAUUAACUUUAAAUUUAUUUUUUAUAAUAAAUAAUUGAUCAACUGAUAA